UUAUUCAAAUGGGUGGAGUUUACCAAGUACUGCUGAGCAAAAACAAGGAACGUGGGCUAACACGAGAGUGUUGCAAGUUUUGAUAUCAAGAACUCUAAUGUUAUUGAGAAGAAGAGCGAAUGGACGGAGCAAGAUAACUAUAAAAAGAUUCGAAGCUAUUCAGUCACUCACUGGUGCAAGGCGAUGGAUCACCCUACGGAGACCCACAGCAUGACCCUCGACCACCAGGUCAACUCAUCCUCGCGUGGGACCCCUGCUGACCAGCCCCAGAGGGAAGCUCCACCCAGCAGUGCAGGCUGCAGCUGGCUGGUGGUGCUGGCGGCGGCAGCGGCCUCCCUCAGUGGCCUCAUGCUGGGCUAUGAGAUGGGCCUCACCUCCGGUGCUCUCCUGCAGCUGCGCAGCCUGCUGGCCCUCACCUGCCUGGAGCAGGAGCUGCUGGUCAGCUCCCUGCUGCUGGGGGCCCUGCUCAUGUCCCUGGUCGGGGGCUUCUUCCUGGACCGCUACGGCCGCCGCCGCUCCAUGCUCCUGUCAGCCGGCCUGGUGGUGGGCGGGACGGUGGCGCUGCUAGCCACCACGUCGCUCGGCGUCCUGGCCCUGGGCCGGGCGGUGGUGGGCAUGGGGACGGCGCUGUCGGGCACGGCCGCGUGCCUGUACAUCGCGGAGAUCGCGCCGCAGGAGAGGCGGGGCCUGCUGGUGACGCUGUACGAGUUGAUGGUGGUGCUGGGCGUGCUGCUGGGCUUCGGGUGCAGCUACGGCUUCUCGUCGCUGCCUCAGGGCUGGAGGUUCACCUUCGGCCUGGUCCUGCCCGCCGCCCUCCUGCAGGGCGCCUCGCUGCUGCUCCUCCCGCCCAGCCCGCGCUUCCUGGUCGCUCGGGGAGACUGCAAGGCGGCCAGGGCAGUGCUGACUAGACUGAGGUGUGGGGCCAUGGAGGAGAUGGAGGCGGAGCUCAGGGACAUCCAGGCGGGGCUUAAGGAGGAAUCGGAGCACGGGUUCCUCGAGCUCUUUAGCACCAAGGCUAACCUGCGCUCGCGGUUGCUAACGGGGGUCGCCUUGGUGUUUCUACAACAGACGACGGGGCAGCCCAACAUCCUGUCCUAUGCCUCGCCCCUCCUCCGCAGCGUGGGUUUCCACAGCGACGACGCGGCGACCUUCGCGUCCAUAGGGUUCGGUGUGGUCAAAGUGGCUGGCACCAUUCCAGCCGUCCUAUUGGUGGAUCGUUUGGGACCCAAGAUCUUCUUGUGUGUGGGUGCCGUCUUCAUGGCGUUGUCGCUGAUCACACUGGGGGUGCUGACCCUGCACAGCCACACCCAUCUCACCAGCCUAUGUCAGAGCCCCUCUGGACUGAAUAUUACCAACAAGGGGUGGGACUCAAACCAUACUUCUCCGGGGUUGGACUAUUUUCCUAUGACCACUCCGUCCCCCAGAGAGAGCCAGUGGAAUAGCAGUAGCUCUGAGAGGAGUUCUGUGGACAUGUCACCCUCUCUAAAGUGGGUGUCUCUGAUCAGCCUACUGGUGUAUGUGGCAGCUUUCUCAUUCAGUCUCGGACCGAUGGUGUACGUGGUCCUGAGUGAGAUCUUCCCCACUGGAGUGCGAGGCAAGGCUGUGUCUGUGGUGUCGGCUGUGAACUGGGCCACCAACCUGCUCAUCUCCAUGACCUUCCUCAGCAUCACAGAGACGAUUGGUGUCCCCAACGUGAUGUUCCUCUACGCCAUCAUGAGCUUCGUCCUCCUGAUCUUCGUCAUCCUCUUCGUCCCGGAGACCAAGGGACGCACGCUGGAGCAGAUCUCUAAAGAGCUGGCCAUGAAAAAGCCGCUGAAAGGGACUUUCUGCCGCCGGGGCCAAACCUAGAAGGCCAUGACUGUCAGCCGAUCCUUGACUUUUAACAUUCGACCCGACCUAUCCCUUGGACCACACACUGCCUUCUUCUAUGCACAAGACCCAGAUGAACAGAACGAAGGGAGGGGUAAACAGAUGGAGAGACGUUUGUGAAUGAAAGGGAACAAACAAAACAGAAGAAACAAGGUAGUUCAGCAAAACCAGGAAUAUACAGUUAGGUCCAUAAA